AUGGCAUCCAAACGGGACAGCUCUGUAUGCACGGGCAGCGCUAGCGAGUCCCUGUCAUCGCUUUCUGCAAAUGACUUUCGGACAUACAACCGCAUGUCAGAGCAAAUGGACGCAUUUCAUCAUCACUUCCGUUUAACCUGGGAUCAGCUCUGGGGUGCUUGUGCCGCUCCAGGGAACCGACCUGGUGGUCUUUCGGCACGCCAAAUGAUCUUGAUGGGCCUCCAAUUCUGCUCCCAGCUGGACUUCCACCACUCCAUCGAGGAGCAGCAUAUCUUUCCGGUCUUGGCGAAGAAGAUGCCCGAAUUUCGAAAGGGCCUCGACUUGCUGCGCCAACAUGAGCAGAUUCAUGCCGGUCUCGAGAAGCUUGAAGCCUAUCUCGAGAGCUGUCGCUCAGGUGAACAAGACCUGCGACGUGAAGAGGUGAAGCGACUGAUGGAUGGCUUUGGCGAGGUGCUGUGGGCGCAUUUGGACGAAGAGGUUCAAACGCUCGGUGCGGAAAAUAUGCGCAAGCACUGGUCGCUCAGCGAGAUGCGACGACUUCCUAUGUGA